AUGGUCACUCAAGAGAGUCGAAUGUUUCGGUGGCUGGUGUGUGCAUUGGUGGUAUCAUUGACGCUGCUUCGAGUGGAGGGUCAAAGCACAAGCAUGCAAGGCGUGGACUACAUGCUAGCUGCCUACGCAGGAGACAACCCCUUCCUGAUGGGAUGGCAGGAGAGCUCGUUCACCAACUUCCCCGCACCCUUCUGGAACGUCGCCGUCGGCCGGCCGUGCCCAGGCAACACCUCGGACCUGCCGUACGCAGGCGUCUCCUGCAACGACCAGGGCUACGUCAUCUCCGUGGACUUGAGCUACCCGUCGUUCCCGGCGGGCGUGCCCAAGCUGCAGGGUGGCUUGGACUGGAACAUCUCGGGAGUUCUCUUCCUUGAGCGCCUCGACGUCUCCUACAACCUUCUCGAAGGCCCUCUGCCGCCGCAGCUGGGGCUGGCGCCGAGCCUCAAGUCGCUGAACCUGGAGGGCAAUCAGCUCACCGGCACGCUCGACGACAUGCUCUGCUAUCUCGACAAGCUCGAGUGCCUCCAUCUCGCCGACAACAACUUCACCGGCUCGCUGCCCUGGUGCUUCAAGCGCUUCCCCUGCCCCGACUUCGCGGGCAACCCAAAUCUGAACACCACCGGAUGCUUGGAUGUGACAUACAAGAGCUGCCCCAACAACUACACGGCGGUCGCCGCGCCGCCGCCGCCGCCGGCCACGGGGCUGGGCGUGGGCGCCGUGAUCGGAAUCGUCUUUGGCGCGCUCGCGCUCUUCGCGCUGGGCGUGGCGCUCUUCUUCUACGUGCGCUUCAAGCAGGAGGAGAAGCGCAAGCGCGAGGAGGCGGAGAGGCUGGCCCAAGACAUUGAGACUCAAAUCUCGACGCGUCACUUCGGAACUCUGAGGCGGUACUCAGUGGACGAGCUAUCCAAGGCCACCAACGGGUUUGACGAGGACAACAUGCUGGGCGAGGGCGGGUUCAGCAAGGUGUACAAGGGCAAGCUGGAGGACGGCAAGUUCGUGGCUGUCAAGAGAAUCAAGGAGGAGAAGAAGUCAGGUGGCGAGCUCAUGUUCCUGUCAGAAGUGGAGCUGAUCAGCCGAGCCGUGCAUCGCAACGUCAUGCACUCGGAGGGCUUCUGUGUGGAGAAGGGCGAGUGCAUGCUCGUGCUACCCUUUUAUGCCAAUGGCUCCGUUGCCUCCCGCACUCAAGGCAAGGAGGGCAACCCCAUGGACUGGCACGCGCGCAUGAAGGUCGCUCGGGGCGCAGCAGAGGGCAUCGCGUACAUGCACACAGACUGCAACCCCAAGCUCAUCCACCGCGACAUCAAGGCCGCCAACGUGCUCCUCGACGAGAACGACGAGGCAGUCAUCGCUGAUUUCGGGCUGGCCAAGGAGAUGGACGUGCACGAGAGCCAUGCCUCCACUGCUGUGAAGGGCACCAUCGGGCAUAUUGCGCCAGAGUACUUUGUGAGCGGGCAGUGCUCGGAGAAGACGGACGUGUAUGCGUUUGGAGUGUUCCUGCUGGAGCUCGUGUCGGGCAAGGACGUGUUUGAGCUCACUCUGCCGCCCGAAGCCGAGGAGCUGCUGCUCAGGGACUGGGUGGCCAACAUGCUCCGUGACGGCAAGAUCCCCGAAUUCGUGGACAACGACCUCACCCGAUUGGGCUACGACGAGGCUGACGUGGCAAAGAUGCUCCAGGUGGCGCUGCUCUGCAUGAAGCACGACGCAGUGGACCGUCCAACCAUGGAUGAGGUGGCAAAGAUGCUCUCCGGAAAGGCCCUGGCAGACAAGUGGGAGAAGUGGCAGGAGGAGGCCGCGAAAAUGUCUGGGGAGGAUGUGCUGGCGGUGGUGAACACGCCUGCUAUCUGGGAGAAUACCACCACGGGUAUCUCACUCGAUGCUUUCAACCUGUCUGGGCCGCGUUAG